UGUCUCUUCGCUCUCAUGCUUACACAGUGAGAAAGCAAAGUUAAGCAAACGCAAAAAGCUGAAACUUUCAAAACCUCGAAGUGCUUACAAAAAUUUUUUUGUUAAAAAAACAAAUAAAAAAAAACUAUCUUUCUGCUAUUUUCCUCUCUCUCACAAAUUUUUUUCAUGUAGAUUCUCUUUUGGAGCUCUGACUUGCUAUCUCGACUCACUUUAAUUCGCCCAACUCAUGGCAAAUAAUCCCACGGAGCCUCCUGCUGACGACUUCCUUCAGGAAAUCCUUGGCCUCCCCAACUUCGCUUCCGCUGAGGGUGGCUUGGUUGGUGCCGACGGUUUGGCUGGUGCCGCAACUGCUCAAGCUCCGAUGAUGCUGCAGCUCAGCUCAGGUGAUGGCUCCAGUCACAUAGCUACCCUUGGCGCUGCUGGAGGAGGAGGUGCUGGUUUUCAUGGGUUUCCAUUAGGGCUGAGCUUGGACCAGGGAAAAGGAGGGUUUUUGAAGCCUGAGGAGGCAUCAGGGAGCAGUAAGAGGUUUCGUGAUGAGGUCGUUGAUGGCAGAGCUACAGCAAUGAAAAAUGUCUUCCAUGGUCAACCCAUGCCCACAACUGUAGCUGCAGCCCCACAUCCUCCCACAAUGCGCCCUAGGGUGCGAGCUAGACGAGGACAGGCCACAGAUCCACACAGCAUUGCUGAGCGGUUGCGAAGAGAAAGAAUAGCGGAAAGAAUCAGGGCAUUGCAGGAGCUGGUUCCUAGCGUCAACAAGACAGAUAGAGCUGCCAUGCUUGAUGAAAUUGUGGAUUACGUGAAGUUUUUAAGGCUCCAAGUAAAGGUUUUAAGCAUGAGUAGAUUGGGCGGAGCUGGUGCGGUUGCACCACUUGUAACGGAUAUCCCACUAUCUUCAGUUGAGGAUGAAACCGGCGAAGAUGGAAGAAACCAACCAGCGUGGGAGAAGUGGUCGAACGAUGGAACGGAGCGACAGGUAGCAAAGCUGAUGGAAGAAAAUGUUGGUGCUGCCAUGCAGUUUCUUCAAUCAAAGGCACUUUGCAUCAUGCCCAUCUCACUGGCCACUGCAAUUUACCAUACACAACCACCAGAUACAUCUACUAUUGUGAAGCCAGAAACAAAUCCUCCAUCAUAGACCUUCGAAAUGGGUAAGCAUCCCAUGGUCCCAUUUAAAGUCACCAAAUGUUUGGGGUCCCAUAUUUUGUUUGUCCCAUUCCAACUCCACCAAAUGGAUGUUGGCUAAUUUCAAAUUGCAAUCAAAGUCAGAUGCCAUAGUUCUUGCUUUUGCCUUUCCUUUCCAGCUUUUUUUGUUGUUUUUUUUUUUCUCCUCUCAAAACAGGUUAAGAUGUCAAUGCCUAAAAAAAAUGCAGGCAGGCCCUUGAUGUCUUGCCAAGCUCAAGUGGAGGAGGAAAAUUGUCAAAGCUCACUUGAUAUGCUAUUUUUUUUUUCUUUUUGGUGGGGUUAGUGGGAAAUGAUGAUGGCACUUUUCUAGUGGGGGCUCUAAUUUUUGCUAGUGGUUGUGGGACCUUGUAAAAGGGAUAGAGGAAGGGUAUAUAUAUAUCUAUGUAAUUUAUAAAUAUUGUUGUAAUAGUUUAUUUAAAAGGAAAUGGAAAAGGUAGAAUAGAUUAUGGUUGGUUGUUUCAA